AUGGACAUCCGCAACAACUUGACCCGGCUGCACAUGCUGGAGAACUGCACAGUGAUCGAGGGCCACCUGCAGAUCCUGCUGAUGUUCAAAACCAAGCCUGAGGACUUCCGUGAGCUCAGCUUUCCCAAGCUGACCAUGAUCACAGAUUACCUGCUGCUGUUUCGUGUCUAUGGGCUGGAGAGCCUGAAGGGGCUCUUCCCCAACCUGACUGUGAUCCGGGGCACUCGCCUCUUCUUCAACUAUGCCCUGGUCAUCUUCGAGAUGGUUCACCUGAAGGAGGUUGGCCUCUACAACCUGAUGAACAUCACCCGUGGCGCUGUGCGCAUCGAGAAGAACAACGAGCUCUGCUACCUCUCCACCAUCGACUGGUCCAGGAUCUUGGAUUCUGUAGAGGACAACUACAUUGUGGCCAACAAGGAUGACAAGGAAGAGUGUGGAGAUGUGUGUCCGGGCGCUGUGAAGGGGAAGAGCAGCUGUCCCCCAACGGUGAUCAACGGCAUCUUCAUCGAGCGCUGCUGGACGCACGACCGCUGCCAGCGAGUUUGUCCUCCUGCCUGCAAGUCCCAGGGCUGCACCCCGGACGGGCAGUGCUGCCACAGCGAGUGCCUGGGGGACUGCACAGAGCCCAACAACCCUGACAAGUGCAUCGCCUGCCGCAACUUCUACCUGGAGGGGCGCUGCGUGGAGAGCUGCCCCCAGGGCUUCUACCGCUUUGCAGGCUGGCGCUGUGUCACCUUCAGCUUCUGCCAGGAGCUGCACAACAAGUGCCGGAGUGCCCGGGAGUCAGGCUGCCACGUCAUCCACAACCAGGAGUGUGUCCACGAGUGCCCCUCAGGGUACAUCAUGAACUCCAGCAACCUGCACUGCACGCCCUGUGCUGGGCCCUGCCCCAAAGUUUGUGACUUUGGCAAGGAGAAGACAAUCGAUUCAGUGACGUCAGCACAGGAGCUCCGUGGCUGCACUGUGGUCAAUGGGAGCUUGGUUAUCAACAUCCGAGGAGGAAAUAACAUAGCAGCUGAGCUGGAAGCAAAUCUUGGCUUGAUAGAGGAAAUCUCAGGUUACCUCAAAAUUCGCCGCUCUUAUGCCUUGGUCUCUCUUUCUUUCUUCCGUAAGCUCCAUCUGAUAAGAGGAGAAACGCUGGAGGCUGGGAAUUAUUCAUUUUAUGCCUUAGACAACCAGAACCUUCGCCAGCUCUGGGACUGGAGUAAACACAACCUCACGAUUGCCCGAGGCAAACUCUUCUUCCACUACAACCCCAAGCUGUGCCUGUCAGAAAUCCACAAGAUGGAGGAGAUCUCUGGGACCAAGGGGCGCCAGGAGAGGAACGACAUUGCCCUGAAGACCAAUGGGGAUCAGGCCUCGUGUGAGAAUGAGCUGCUCAAGUUUUCUUCCAUCAGAACUUCUCAUGACAAGAUCCUGCUGAAGUGGGAACCCUACUGGCCUCCUGAUUUCCGCGACCUCCUGGGCUUUAUGCUCUUCUACAAGGAAGCCCCAUACCAGAAUGUGACAGAGUUUGAUGGUCAGGAUGCGUGUGGGUCAAACAGCUGGACAGUUGUGGAUGUUGACCCACCCCCACGGUCCAAUGAGCCCAAAUCCCAGGCCCAGCCAGGCUGGCUGCUGAGGGGCCUGAAGCCCUGGACACAGUACGCGGUGUUCGUGAAGACCUUGGUGACCUUCUCGGACGAGCGGCGAACCUAUGGCGCCAAGAGCGAGAUCAUCUACGUGCAGACCAGUGCCACGGUUCCAUCAGUUCCAUUGGAUCCCAUAUCUGUCUCCAACUCCUCAUCCCAAAUCAUUCUGAAGUGGAAGCCGCCCUCGGAGCCCAAUGGCAACAUCACUCACUACCUGGUGUUCUGGCAGCAGCAGGCAGAGGACAGUGAGCUCUAUGAGCUGGAUUACUGCUUGAAAGGAUUAAAGCUGCCCUCAAGAACGUGGUCUCCUCCUUUUGAAUCCGAAGACCCUCAGAAGUAUAAUCAAAGUGAAAAUGAAGAAGUCAGUGGAGAAUGUUGCUCCUGCCCCAAAACAGACUCUCAGAUACAGAAGGAGCUGGAGGAGUCUGCCUUCCGCAAGACGUUUGAGAACUACCUGCACAAUGAGGUCUUCAUGCUCAGGCCAUCAAGGAGGCGCAGAGACCUUGGCUCGAUGGUGAAUGCCACCAUGGUGCUCCCCACUAUCACAUCCUCCCCAGAUGGCUCUGCAGCAGCCAAUGAGAGCACAGAGGAGCAGAAGCCCUUUGAGAAGGUGAAGUCCAAGGAGUCUUUGGUUAUCUCAGGCCUGCGGCACUUCACUGGCUACCGCAUCGAGCUGCACGCCUGCAACCACGACGCACAGGAGUCCCGGUGCAGUGUCGCUGCCUAUGUCAGUGCCAGGACCAUGCCUGAAGCUAAGGCUGAUGACAUCAUUGGCCCAGUUACCCACGAGCUGGUUGAGAAGAACACUGUGCACCUCAAGUGGCAGGAGCCACGGGAGCCCAACGGCCUCAUCGUGCUCUACGAGGUGAACUACGGACGGCUGGGGGAGACUGAGGAAGCUCACCUCUGUGUGUCCCGAAAGCACUUCGCCAGCGAGCAGGGCUGCAGGCUUCGAGCACUGCCCCCGGGCAACUACAGUGUCCGCGUCAGAGCCACCUCCCUGGCUGGCAAUGGCUCCUGGACAGAGCCCACCUACUUCUACGUGGCUGACUACUGUGAUGCUCAGCCCAACAUCACUGUCAUCGUCGUUCCCAUCAUUUUUGCCAUCAUCAUUGCUGGGAUUAUUGGAGCUGCCUACGUGCUGGUGAAGAAGAGACAAACCGAGGGACCAACUGGACCACUCUACGCAUCCUCCAACCCCGAGUAUCUCAGCGCCAGCGAUGAGCUUUUCCCUCUGCCCCCAGUCUAUGUCCCCGACGAGUGGGAGGUGCCUCGGGACAAGAUCACUCUGCUGCAGGAGCUGGGGCAGGGCUCCUUCGGCAUGGUCUAUGAGGGCAUCGCCAAGGAUGUGGUGAAGGGGGAGCCGGAGACACGCGUGGCAGUGAAGACGGUGAACGAGGCUGCCAGCCUGCGCGAGCGCAUCGAGUUCCUCAAUGAGGCCUCUGUCAUGAAGGGCUUCAGCUGCCACCACGUGGUUCGCCUCCUUGGGGUGGUGUCAAAAGGGCAACCGACUCUGGUGGUGAUGGAGCUGAUGGCACAUGGAGACCUGAAAAGUUACCUGCGCUCCUUGAGGCCUGAUGCUGAGAAUAACCCUGGGCGGCCGCCCCCCACACUGAGGGAGAUGAUCCAGAUGGCUGCCGAGAUCGCUGACGGCAUGGCUUACCUGAACGCCAAGAAGUUUGUCCACAGAGACCUUGCCGCUCGCAACUGCAUGGUUGCAGAAGACUUCACUGUGAAAAUUGGAGACUUUGGCAUGACCAGGGACAUCUACGAGACCGACUACUACCGGAAGGGAGGCAAGGGGCUGCUGCCUGUGCGCUGGAUGGCCCCGGAGUCGCUCAAGGACGGCGUCUUCACCACCUACUCUGACGUCUGGUCAUUUGGUGUUGUCCUCUGGGAGAUCAGCAGUUUGGCAGAGCAGCCAUACCAGGGACUGUCCAAUGAGCAGGUGCUAAAGUUUGUCAUGGAUGGAGGAUACCUGGAUCAGCCAGACAACUGCCCGGAGAGGCUGCACAGCCUGAUGCAGAUGUGCUGGCAGUACAACCCCAAGAUGCGCCCCACCUUCAUCGAGAUCAUUGAGAUGCUGAAGGAGGACUUGCACCCUAGCUUCCACGAGGUCUCCUUCUUCUACAGCGAGGAGAACAAACCUCUGGAAACAGAGGAGUACGAGCUGGACUUUGAGAACAUGGAGAGCAUUCCCCUCGACCCCUCCUCAUACUCACAGAGGGACAAGGUCCUGGGGAGGGACAAUGGCCUCUCCUUGGCCCUCAAGGGGAACUAUGAGGAGCACAUCCCCUACACUCACAUGAACGGUGGCAAGAAGAAUGGGCGGAUCCUCACCAUGCCCAGGUCCAGUUCUUCCUAACACAU